UAAGGGGUUCGUCAAGGUCCUAUCAGACGGUCUGUCAACUUACCCAGACACACCACCUUUUUCGCAGCUUCGUUUCCCGAUUCCCCUUCGUCACAGCUUGCGCUUCUAGAGAACAGGAGAACCAGAAAAAGAGAAGUUGACGACUAGAAGAAAAUUUGUAAAAAAUGUCAAUUGGUGAAGAACAGCGAGAACCUCUCCUUCACAGUACUUCGCAGAGAGGUCGAGUCCAUGAAGAUGAUGAAGAGAUCGUCCUGUAUCCACCGGCCAAUGGGCCAGACGAACAGUCACCUUGUCCAUCCGGGAAGAAUCAACGGCUGGAGUCCCUCGAUGUCUUCCGUGGGCUUACUGUCGCUCUAAUGAUUUUAAUAGAUGAUGCCGGAGGAGCUUUUCCGUCAAUUAAUCACUCACCAUGGUUUGGUGUAACACUUGCUGAUUUUGUAAUGCCUUUUUUUCUCUUUGGUGUUGGUGUCUCCAUCAGCCUUGUAUUCAAGAAAGCCUCUAACAGACCAGCAGCGACAAAGAAAGUGAUACUGCGAACAAUAAAGCUCUUUCUUUUGGGAGUGUUGCUGCAAGGUUUGCUGCUUGCUCAUUCAUGUUCUUGAUCUUUUUCAUUGGGUCCUCGCUCAUAAUAAUCCCAGGUCUGAUAAUACAUGUUAGGUUAGCCCAUCUUUGAUGAAUUGAAAUUUUUAGUUGACUG